AUGCCAAGAAAUUCAACAAGUCGGGUUGGAUUAGUGGACGUCCUCGUUUUUGGCGGCCUCGAGUCGCUUGGUAUAUGCGCCAUUUUAGGAAACUUGGCGCUGAUUAUUGUACUACUCAAGAACAAAUAUCUCCACAGAGCAAGGUUUAUUAUAAACUUCAUAGGAUUUAUUGAUAGUUCGAAGCUUAAUGAAACUUUAUUUUCAUGCGAGGAAAAUAGCUCAAAAGUCCAUGAAAAGUGUAUCUCCAAAAUUCAGUUAAAGAAGCAAAAAAUGCAAAAAAUAAUGGUUGGAGGAUAGAAAAACCAUUGAAUUUUUGGAUUUUUCGCGAUUCUACUUAAAAAGUCUGUUUCAGUUUCAUACUGAUGCUCAAUUUGGCGAUUGCCGACGUCGUGCACGGUUUUGUGACGACCUGUCAUUUCUACCCACCGAUCGUUUUGAAACGGAUGCACAUCGGGGAGCUGGGCAUUCGUCUUUUCAAUAUUGCUGAUUGGACGGCUUGGGCGAUUACUUUGACGUGAGCCAAUGAGUUCUGAACUUUUGGAAAAAACAAUGAAAAUCGUUGCUCUUUAUGAAUAUACUUGUUGCCUGGAACUUUCUUUUUCGAAAUAUUCAUUUUUGUCGAAAAAUGUUUUAAAAAUCGCUUCGAAGGAUCCAAGGAGCCUAACCAUUUGUCGAUUUUGGGCCUUUUUCAGGAUAUCAGCACCUUGGAGUAAUCGAUCGAGUAAAUUCAAAAACUGAAGGCAUUUUUCGAAAAGCCAAUAAAUGUUAUAUUAGCAAAUAAUCUUUAAAAAUCCCUCACAGGUAAUACGAAAAAAGGCAUCCCAUUUUUCCUUUUUUUCUAAUUAAUUUUUUGCUCUUUCGCAUUCUCUUCUCAUUAUUGUUUCCAGACAUAUGUCAGCAAUUUGUCUUGAUCGUCUAACCGCCAUAAUUUUAUAUGGAAGAUACAACGUAUUAGUCACUGUCAACCGCAUACGUAACUUCAGGUAACCUAUGAAAAAUCAGAAAAACUUCAUAACAAAAAAUGUUUUCAGUAUUUUGUGUUGGACGUUUUUUCUAACAACUAACGUCUCACUAUUUGCCCUACAUGCGUGCUGCAUGAUUCGACCGUUAGAGUCGUUAAAUUAUUACAGUUUCGGGUACAUUGAAAUCGGUAGUUUAACUCGGGAUCAAAAGUUUCAAAGAAAAAAUGUUUAGCUCAAUUCAAUGUGUAUGUUUUGGCCUACACGCCAGUAGAAAUCGUCACAAUUCUUGUACUAACCAUCAGCAAUCCCACGACCUUGGUCCAACUGUACCGAAGGCACAAGAGAAAAAUCGCAUUGCGUCAGUGAGUUUUUUCUCUCAUUCGAAGUAGAAAUAUUUUUCUUAUUUUAUGAGUUCAAAAACGAGUGAACUUUGUGGCAAGCUGCAUGAUUUGCACAAAAACGGAACAGGGAAUCGCUUUCGCCAAUAUUAUCGCAUUUUAUUAUUUUAUCAUUUCCUUUUCCGGUUUUUUUCUUUAUUUCAUCUUACAAAACUUACUCGAAAAUCAUUAUUUUUUUCGUCGGAAACUAUAUUAAAAUACACGUAGAGAGAAAAGGAAAGAAAAUUUUAGUUUUUUUCAUUUAUUUUUUUGAUCUGAAAUUGCACGGUUGCUCGAACUUGGGUGCAGUGGUUUUUUUCUUGAUGGCUUUGCAGACAAGGAGCUCAAAAAGUUGCUCAACGUCUUCUUCUUCGCUUCUGA